CUCAACGACAUCCAUCGCUGCAUCCAUCCGCCAUUAUCAGAGAGGUUCCUGUGCCAAUUCGUGAAAGGAUCUUCAGCCAGCCGUGCAGCGUCAGAGAGCGACCUCGCCUGUUUCAGGAGAAACCAAUAGGCGUCAGUAUGGGCUUCACACAGUUCCAAAAAGAGUGUCUUGCCGAGCACAACAAGCUGCGAGCGAAGCACGGGGCGGCACCUCUCGCACUGUCCGCGGAACUCAACAAGCUGGCACAGGAGUGGGCCGAGAAGCUCGCCAAGACGGGCCAACUCAGCCACAGGCCGAAUAACAACUACGGCGAGUGCAUCUAUAACUGCUCGUCGUCCGAUCCUAAUUUUGACGUCUCAGGUGACAAAGCUACGCAGACCUGGUACAGCGAACUUCCAAAGUACAAGUGGUUUGGCAAAGAACCAAGCAUGCAGGAGAAAAGAGGAACAGGUCACUUCUCUCAGGUUGUGUGGGCGGCAAGCAAGGAGCUCGGUAUGGGAAAGGUGAAAAAGGGAAAUCAGAUCUUUGUCGUCGGUAAUUAUAAGCCUGCCGGAAACAUGGGCGGCCAGUACAUGGACAACGUCCGAAAGCCCACCGCUUGAGCGCCCUCUAGCGCGUAGAGCCAACAAGGGGGAUAAAAUUUCCUAUGAAUGAGCAGCGGCAACGCCAUUUCACGACGUCAAUAUAUGGUUAUACUCUGCAUUCCACACUGCCCGCACGCACGCGCUGUAUUGGCGAUACUCAGCAUGCUACUGUCUGUGGUCAGCACGCCCACACGCGAAGCAGAACGCAAACAUGUAACAUUGUAUCUGUAGCAAUCACGAACAUCGGAAAUAUCCUCGGGAUAAACAGAUAUCGAUUUUUAAUGAACUGACGUUCGUUCAUUCGCCGAUGGCUGCGCGGUUUCUGGAGCGCGUGCUCAACGAUGUACACAUUCCAAACGUAAUUGCAUUGAAACAUACAAGGAACGUGAUGCUACCUUCUACCGGGCGCAUGCGCGUCGGUCAAUGACGAAGGGCUGAGCACGAAAUUCUCAACAGCAGAACAAUAUCGGUGAUAUGACGUCGGCAGUAUCCUUACGGUAAUUAGCCGGUAGUUUUAACCAGAUACAUUCCCGCAGGAACGCAUCGGCGACGUUGCGUUCACCUGCGCCGUGGUGGCGCCGAUUCGCGCCGCUUCACUGUAACGCUGCGCACUGCAAUUUCGACAGUAAGCGUCCUCAGCGCCAUCUGUAGGCAAUUAAACGGGUUUUCCACGCAGUCGAUUUUCUUCUACCUCACGCGUGUAGUUUGCGAUGCCGGUAAACUGGAUUAUUCGUAGGGCUGGUACCUGCGAUGUGUCGCCCAUCGUUUCCUAGCACUCAUACCUCUCAGCAGCAUGCCAAAAGAUCAAGUAUAUUAUGCUAUCUAUAGAUCACCACUGCCUUAAUUAGUAUUCGAAAUUCAUUCGCAUAUAAUGCUAUUCGCUAUAAUGUUAUAUUUAGAUACAUCUAUAUACUAUAUUUCAAUUUGUUCACGUAUAUGUUAUCCAUUUACGUGUUAGGUAAGGAAUGCCUUUGCAUGCCUUUGGUGAUAAUGUUGGUACAGGGUAAUUUCUGUAGUCUGUAUAGAAAACGAGGCCGUACUUUGCUGCCACCUAUCGGGGGAAUCCGUGAUCGCUGAUAGACUAACAGAUUUAGCAGCAAGCCAUGAAUUUGGUGAGCGAGUAUUGUCCACGUGACUCUAUGACGCUGUUGAAUAAUAAUAGCUCAGCCUCGGGGUCUCACUGAUUGCCUUCACAGACUCGAACAGAGAGGAGCUUAAUUCUAUACUUGCAUUCACGACAGUAGGGUCUAAUCAGCGCAAACAGUUUACCCGGGUGGCAGACAAAUAAUUUGAAACCGUGAAUUCACUGUCGGUAAUUCAACGGGGGAUCCGGCCUAGAUGUGAUAAAGAGUGUAUACCUGGUCAUGUUAAGUGUAAUAUUCGACACGAAAUUAUGUGUAUUUUAUCUGUAGCGUCGUGCCAGUAUUGGAUAUGUGUUCAUCUAUACGUUCACCGUGUGCAAGUAUAUGUUAUUGUUUCUCCCCA